AUCGGGGAUAGGCACGUGAUGGCACUCCCAAAUCUAGAAAAGUAUAUAAAAGUUUCUUAUCUAGAUACAUCAGUUUUUCAUCAGACCUUCGACAUGUUGCUCACCCUCAGCAUUCUUGUUAGCAUUUUGAUUUCAGUGGAGUCCAAGAGCACCGGAUGUGUUUGUCCACUGGAUAUAGAACCCGUAUGUGGAAAGGACGGCGUGACGUACGAUAAUGAAUGUGAAAUGAAUUGUGCUGGAGCCGCUAAAUAUCACGAUGGGAAGUGCGGAAGUCAAGCUUGCGCAUGCCCACUGAUGAUUAAGCAGGUUUGCGGUAAUGAUAAUAAAACCUAUGACAACGAAUGUCUGUUGAAUUGCACAGGUUGGACAAAAGCCCAUGACGGGGAAUGUGGAAGUAUCCCAGUCUGCGCAUGUCCACUUAUCCUUCUUCCUGUAUGUGGAGACGAUGGAAAAACUCAUGAUAACGAAUGUGUUCUUAAGUGCGCAGGGGCCUCCAAGUUACAUGACGGAGAGUGUAAGCAAUCAUUGUGCGCAUGCCCAAGAAUCCUAAACAAAGUAUGUGGAAAAGACGGCAAGACCUAUGACAACGAAUGUCUCCUAAACUGCGCAGCUGUUGGUAAGGCCCACGACGGGGAGUGCCUGGAGGCCGCGCCGGCGGCAGCUGAAGGACCCAUAUGUAUGUGUAAUAACAUGUACUACCCAAUGUGUGGAAGUGACGGCGUAACAUAUGCCAACGAAUGUCUCAUGAUGUGCCAUAAAGCUACCUUAGCGUAUGAAGGAGUCUGCGAAACAACACCCUCGCCGUCCUGCCACUGUCCUCACAUCUAUAACCCGGUGUGUGGAGCAGAUGGACAAACCUACGACAAUCAAUGUCUGAUGCAUUGUCACAACGUGAAAGAAGGCUACCUUGGACCAUGUAAAAAUUAACUGUCUCUUUCCUGAUAUGUCACGUAUUAUGUCCGAUGGCUGUGCAAUGUAUGACAAUCUGUACUAUUUA